AUGCGAUGCUUGGGGGCGCAGUUCCCACAACCCCUUAUCUCUCAGUCGGCUCCCAGUUGGCGGGACCGGAGCGAAGGGCGGGAGUGGCGAGGGGUGGGCGCUGGGGGGCACUGUCGUUCCACGGAGGGGCCGCCCGCCCCCCGGAGGCCUGCCCAGCGCCGCCCCUCACAAAAGGUGGCCUUUCUAAGGCGUGCGCGGGCUUUGCAUCAAUCUCCUCUUCCCAGCGUCCCCGUCCCGCCGCCCUCGGUGCUGGAGGUCGAUUUCCGACCGUGGCCGCGGUGGCUCACACGGGUCCAGCUGCGGGUCCAAACCGCCUGCCCAGCUCCGCAGCCCGUGAGAACCGACUUCACAUGUCACCGGGGCGGCGGCCCUGACGACAUCACUUAA